AUGGCUGUUCCCAACACCUAUGGGUUAAUCUUUGCCUGUACCUGUGGUGUGAUCCUGGGCAUUGGGCUGUGUGCCAACCUGCUGGUCUUCUCUUUGUUUGCCAAGUACAACACACUGCGUAAGAACCGGCUCGAUAUCCUUCUGUUCAGCAUGACUCUGGCUGACUUCCUAACUCUCCUGCUCAUCCCUUUCACACUGCACUCUGCUGUAAGUCACUCCUGGCCUCUCGGUGACAUCUCCUGCAAGGUUUACCAGUUCCUGCUAGCCUUCAGUCUGGCAGCCAGCACCUAUUCGCUGUGCGCUGUGUCCAUGACCCGAGCCAUGAUCAUCACCAACCCGUACCAGCCUCCCACCAUGGAUCUGGUCAUUCUUAUGUUUGUCUUGGUCUGGGCCCUCAGCUUCUUUAUUAGCCUGCCUCUGCGAAUGUUUGCUACCAAAAAGAGCAUGGGCCCAAACCUGACAAACUUCACCUUCUGCCUUCCAACCAUUCAUGAGCACCACUACCAAGUGGUCCUAAGCCAGUUUGUACUUUACUACUUUAUUCCGAUGCUAGUCAUUGCAUUCAACUAUGUCCGUCUGGCUCUGUUUCUCCACAAGAGUCCCGUAAUGUCAGUGUCCAGUGCCAAAAACACCCGCAGAGCCUCUGUCAUGGUUUUCUUGGCUGCAGCUACCUUCUCAGUGUGCUGGCUGCCUAGUUAUGUGCUGGAGCUGUGUGUGUACCUGGGGCUGUAUCGCCACGGAGCGGCUUGGGAUAUAUUCCACUUUAUCUGUACUGUGCUCCAAUACCUGCACCCCUGUGUCAACCCAGUGCUCUAUGUGCUGCUGUCUAAGCGCUACCGCCACAGGAGGGCAGCCUGGCUCUUCAGCUGUAACAGGAACAGGGUGCAGCCGCAGGUCACCAGCGUUACCACGGACAGCCUUUAG